AGUAACGCUUCUGCGGGGGCGGAGAGGGAGAGAACAUGUACAGCGAAAAAAAACGAAAUCCCCUAGGCAACCUAACUAUAAUAACACCGGAUAAACCUACACAUACUCUGUUCUCUAACCCGAGUCCAUUGUUCUGUAACCUGCGCGCUGUAGCCCCGUCCGGCUGCCACAUUUCAGCACCUUGGACAGCAACUCCCUGUUGCACAGCCGUAUUAGGACCCGGCAGCUGCUCUUGCUCGUGCACAGCGCAAAGCUCCGCCCACACGAAUGCCCAGAAACUGAUUCAGUAGAGCUUGAGACUUUGCCUGCGCAGUACUGAGUCUGGGUGCCGCUCAAACUGAACGUGAAAAGACUCUUUUGAAACUGGUGUCCACUAUUUUCACUGUGCGCGUUGCUGCUCUGGAUUAUUGGAGGCAAGAGAGUGUCUCAGCUAAAAGGAAUCAGAAGCAGCUGCAGCGUUUGAGCAACUAAUUCUCAAUGCGAUUAAAGUGUUUGAUCUGGUUCUUUACCUGAAACUAUAGUUGGACCAUUAAACAGCCUGUCCCUGAUCCACGGUUGGAAGCACAUUCCUGCAUUGCUAGCAACAAGAAGACCCCCUCCUUUCUUUAACUGUGCAUUCAGCAAAGAGAGAGAAUUGGGGAUUUCCUUUUCUUUGUGCCUCUUCCUAAACAUUGCUUUCUAUUCACCUGAUAACAUCUUUAGUUAUUAUGUCUGCAAAGCUCCUAGUGGUCUUCUUUCUACUGUCAGUUUUCCAAGCCUGCUCCAGGAAGAUUGAAGAUGAUGAAUAUGAAGAUCUGACGAUGAACCAAAAAUGGGUGCUUGCUCCUAAAACUCAAGACACGGAUGCUACACUGAUUCUUAACAAGCUACUAAAAGAAUACGACAAGAAAUUAAGGCCAGAUAUUGGAAUUAAGCCAACGGUGAUUGAUGUGGAUAUUUAUGUCAACAGUAUUGGGCCAGUGUCUUCAAUUAAUAUGGAAUACCAAAUAGAUAUAUUUUUUGCUCAGACGUGGACUGACAGUCGACUCAGGUUCAACAGCACCAUGAAAAUCUUAACUCUAAAUAGCAAUAUGGUUGGAUUAAUCUGGAUCCCUGAUACCAUUUUUCGGAAUUCUAAAACUGCAGAAGCUCAUUGGAUUACAACCCCCAAUCAACUUCUUAGGAUAUGGAAUGAUGGAAAAAUUUUGUAUACAUUAAGGCUUACUAUUAAUGCAGAAUGUCAACUUCAACUGCACAACUUUCCAAUGGAUGAACACUCAUGUCCACUCAUCUUCUCCAGCUAUGGUUAUCCAAGGGAAGAAAUGGUCUACAGAUGGAGAAAAAAUUCAGUGGAAACUUCAAAUCAGAAAUCUUGGAGACUUUACCAGUUUGACUUCAUGGGCCUCAGGAAUACCACUGAAAUUGUGAAAACAUCAGCAGGUGAUUAUAUUGUAAUGACGGUAUACUUUGAUUUAAGCAGACGAAUGGGAUACUUCACCAUUCAAACUUAUAUUCCUUGCAUAUUAACAGUUGUAUUAUCAUGGGUAUCAUUUUGGAUCAAAAAAGAUGCCACACCAGCAAGAACAGCAUUGGGCAUCACAACAGUAUUGACAAUGACAACCCUCAGUACAAUAGCAAGAAAAUCCUUACCACGGGUUUCAUAUGUCACAGCCAUGGAUCUCUUUGUGACUGUGUGCUUCUUAUUUGUAUUUGCAGCACUAAUAGAAUAUGCAGCACUUAAUUACUAUUCAAGCUGUAAAAAACCAAGAUGCACAAAGAAGAAAAAAUCGAACUAUUCUGUUUUGGACAUGAGGCCACCUUCAACAGUCAUCACUUUAAACAAUUCUUUGUACUGGCAGGAGUUUGAAGAGGCUUGCGCCUAUGAGUGCCUGGAUGGUAAAGACUGUCAGAGCUUUUUUUGUUGUUACGAUGAAUGUAAAUCUGGGUCAUGGAGAAGAGGAAGAAUUCACAUAGACCUUUUAGAACUUGACACAUAUUCAAGAGUAUUUUUCCCUACGUCAUUUCUGUUAUUUAAUCUUGUCUACUGGGUUGGAUAUCUUUACCUUUAAAGACUACUAUUCUAAAGACAACUAUAUUUUCAAUUCUUUGCAAGGGCCCAUGGAGGAGAUGAAGGACUACAAAAAAAUGUCAUCUUAAACUUUCCAUGGAUCACUUUGGAUUAUUUUCACAUGGACUCGGGAAAGAAAACAUUUCCCCAAUGAACUCUAUUUGCAGAAAACUGUGUAUUGUUAUUGACAACACCAGAAAACUUUUUACCACAAAUUAACACUUAUAACUUCUUAUAUUCCGAAAUCUAUAUUUGGCAUAGAAAACAAUACUGAAAAAAAAAACAAUUAUUCUAUAAGAAAAAAAAUGCAAAUUACCAUUGCUACAUUUUAUUAAAUUGUCUUUAAUUUGUAUAUUAAAAGAAUUUCUUUAUUCUUUUUAAAAACAAAGGGUAAUAGCACUGACAUAAAAUGCAAACUAAAUGGUAAAAUUUUACUUUUUCAGGUAAAUUCAUCAAAACAGCUAAAUUUCAGAGCUACUAGUAACCUAUCAGAAUAUAUCAAAAUUAAUUUCCUCCAGUUUUAUAGUAGGUAAUAUAAUGCUUGCAAAGCCAAUAUAAAAAUAUACAGUAUGAUUGUGCUAAAUACUGGAAAAUAUAAUCCUUAGUGAUUGCUGUUCAUAUAAAGAACAUCCUAAUUAGAGUUUAGAGAAUCAUUUGCAGCUGAAUAUCUAAUAGAUGAAAAAACACAAUUUUCUCAUCUUAAAAUAAGCCAGUCUUAACACAAAGUAUGACCGUGUGGGCAAAUAAGCACUAAGUUCAUUUAAGGCAAUUGGAAUAUUCUAGUACUGUAUGACCUUUGUAUUAUGGAACAACAAAAGAACUAAAAAGCUAGUUAUUAUUUUUAAACACAAUUGCUCAGGGAUAGUUUUAUAUUAUCAGCAAUGUACUGACUAAGCAAAUUACUUGCCUUGAUAUUGGAGCAACACUUUUUGAUGAAAGGAUGCUUUUUUUAGAAAAUAAUGUAUGUUAAAAUGAUGUCCUAUAUUGUGAGUUACUAAAUUCUGAUUAUGUAUGGCUGUCUCUAUGGUAGAACUGUGCAGGUGUAUUGUGCAGCUUGUGGCUGUUGGUCCCCGAAAAAAAAAAAUUGCAACAGAAAAGAUGCCAAUUCCCAAUUAAUUUAUUGUUAGUAUAUUUUAUUAAUUUGACCUAUAAUUGUUUUUUUUAAACAUUUAGUAACCAAAAUUAGUGUAGGUGAAAGUUUAGUGUUUACUAUUAUCAUAUGAAUAUAGAUAUUUAUUUAGAGAUAUAGUUACAAAUAGAUAUUUAGUUACAUAGUUCAAUUGAGUUGUCAAAAGACAAAUGUC